AUGAAGCGUGACAAUAUUCCGGCGUUUCAGCGCGGCAGAGGGGCUGGUAUGUUUCCACGCGGUGGAUUCCGCGGAGGCGGACCGGCGGCGAUGCAGCAGCAGAUGGCGAUGGCAGCAACGAUGAUGGCCGCCACAAUGAUGGGCGGUGGCGGUAUGGGCUUCAGCCCCUUUGGUGGCCCGCCACGUGGUCGUGGGCGCGGGCGGGGGCGCGGAGCCCCGCAUUAA